UUGCCCUGCUCUGCUCUCCUCUCCUCUCAGCUCCCACCUCCGCAAGCCUACAAAAAUCCAAGCCGCGUUCGUCGCCGCGGGUCGCGGGAUCGGGACAUCGGGCUGGGCGGGCCGCUUCACCUUCCUCGGGUGCCCGUGCCAGGCCUUUCCCUUCACCAGCAGCAGUCUCCGGCCGCCAUGGCCACCUCCACCUCCGACCCGGCGCUCCCCACAACCACAACCACUACCACUACCUCGGCCCCCAAAUCGUCGUCCCGCCCCACCCCAGCUCGCCUCCUGGACCCGCUGGCCGCCUCCGCGCGCUCGCUCCUCGCCUCGGCGCGGCGCUCCCCGGUGACCACGCUCGCCGCCGCCUUCUUCCUGCUCGCGCUCGUCAUGUACGGCGAGGACGCGCGCACCAUCGCCGAGCUCUCCAUCGACGACUACCUCUACCCGGACGCCGACCUCUACAACGUCUCCGGCCUGCCGCCGCUCGCGCUGCCGCCGCCCACCUGCGACCUCUCCCGCGGCCGCUGGGUCUUCGACAACGUCACCGUCCCGGCGUACAGGGAGAAGGACUGCACUUUCCUCACCAAGCAGGUCACCUGCCUCGCCAAUGGCCGCCCCGACGAUAUGUGGCAGUACUGGAGAUGGCAGCCCAACGACUGCUCCCUCCCCACGUUCGACGCCCGGAGAUUCAUGGAGGCGAUGCGCGGGAAGCGGCUGGUGUUCGUGGGGGACUCGCUGAACCGGAACCAGUGGGAGUCGCUGGUGUGCCUGGUGCAGCCCAUCCUGUCCAAGGGCAGGAAGAAGAUCGUCAAGCGGGGCUCCUUCAACACUUUCUACGCCAAGGAGUACCGCGCCACGCUCCAGUUCUACUGGGCGCCCUUCCUCGUCGAGUCCAACUCGGACAACCCCAACUUCCACAGCAUCACGGAACGGAUCAUCAGUCCAGAGCGGAUCGAGAGCCACGCAAAGAACUGGAAGGAUGCUGACUACCUCAUCUUCAACACCUACAUAUGGUGGAUGAACAACGCCGACAUCAAAGUCAGGAGACCGAAUUCAAAGUCUUGGUCUGAGAACGACGAGGUUCCCAGGAUUGAGGCGUAUGGCCAGGUGUUCAAGACUUGGUCCGAUUGGAUCAACAAUAACAUCGAUCCUGCCCGCACGUCCGUCUUCUUCAUGACGAUUUCUUCUCCUCACCUCAGCCCACAGAAUUGGGGAAACCCAGAUGCGAUCAAGUGCGUGAAGGAGACGCUUCCAUACCAGAACUACAGCCAACCCCUGGAUCUUUACCAUGACAUGCGGUUGUAUGACCUAGUGGUCAAUGUGGCCAGGUCCAUGGAGAAGGUCCCAGUGUCAGUGAUCAAUAUCACAAAGAUGUCAGAUUACCGGAAGGACGCCCACACGGGCCUGUACACCUUCCGGCAAGGGAAGCUGCUGACGCCAGAGCAGAAGGCAGACCCAGGGAAGUUCGCGGACUGCAUCCACUGGUGCCUUCCUGGCGUGCCAGACGUGUGGAACCAAAUACUCUACACAAGGAUUCUUUCGAAAUCAUCAUGGCGUUCUAAUUUUAGCCCCCCUCCAUCCCAGUCCCUGCCUGUUCCUCUCCAAUGAGAAUCAGAAGCGGGGGCUUUGGUUUUUGUUGGAGAAUGUAGGAUUGUUCAUUCUUUUUCUUUCUUUUUGGGUAGAUUGAGUAAAGGUUAGCGCAAAAAGGAAAAUGGAUGUGCUGAUUACUGAUGGUAUAGAAUGUAAGAAAGUUCAGCUGAAGUGUAAAUUAGUUGGAUAUGAUAUACACAUACUACAAGUUUACAGGCAGAAUUACCUAUAUAUAUACCUGUUUCCUGCUGGAUGAUAUAAAUGUGCCUAUUUUUUUUCCC